GCAUUUCACGCGCGGCUUCUGUUGAAUGAAGUUGCUCGCGAACAAUUUUCUUCGGUUUUCCUCGGCUCACAGAGGCACUGCUCUGAGAAGCAGUACCUUAUCUUAAUUGUUUUAAGUGAAAAGGUGCAAAAUUUUGUGGUUUGAAGUGAGAGAGAAAAAUUUUUAUUUGCGGUAGCAAUGACGAAGAAAUUUGAGUUCAAUUGGCAAAUUCCUGUCCCUGAGCCACUCCUAAAUGGAUCAAUAUUUGAUCGGUGGACAGAGGAAAAGGAUAAUACUGAAAUAGAGCUUGCUUGUCUCUUCAAAGUGGAUGAAUAUGGAUUUUUUAUCUAUUGGAAAAGUGAAGGCCGAGAAGGUGAUGUAAUAGAAUUGUGCCAAGUUAGUGAUAUUCGUGCAGGUGGCCUUCCAAAGGAUCUCAAAUUGACCAACCAACUCCUAGCGCGACAUGGUGAUAAUUUAGAAGAGAAAUCCUUAACCAUUUGCUCCGGGACAGAUUAUAUAAAUGUAAACUACCAACAUAUUAUCUGUCCAGACGCAGCAACUGCCAAGAUUUGGCAGCAGGGAUUGCGAGAUAUUACACAUAAUUGUAAAAUGAACAAUGUUUGUCCCCGAACGAAUUUAAUGAAGCAUUGGAUGCGUCUGGGAUUUUUAGUUGAUCCUCGUGGAAAAGUUCCCGUAAAAGUCGUCGCUAGAACUUUUGCCUCAGGAAAAACGGAAAAACUCGUCUAUCAGUGUCUAUCGGAUUUGGGUCUUCCGAGUGGGAAAAAUGAUACAAUUGAAAAGGAAGAUUUCACAUUUGACAAAUUCUACGAAUUGUAUCACAAAAUUUGUCCACGAAAUGACAUUGAGGAGCUCUUCCAGAGUAUAACCGAAGGAAAAGCCGAGAGUAUUAAUUUGGAGCAAUUUAUUAAUUUUCUCAAUGAAAAACAAAGGGAUCCACGUCUCAAUGAAAUUCUCUAUCCGUUCUACGAUGAAAAGCGUGCAUUGGAAAUUAUUGAGACAUACGAGCAAGAUCCUGAAGCCAUUGCUGGAAAAAAAUUAACAAAGGAUGGCUUUAUUCGUUACCUCAUGUCAGACGAAAAUGCUCCAGUUUUUCUGGAUCGUCUCGAUAUUUAUAUGGACAUGGAUCAACCACUUUCGCACUAUUAUAUAAAUUCUUCCCACAACACUUACCUGUCUGGUCGUCAAUUUGGUGGCAAGAGUUCAGUGGAAAUGUACCGACAAGUCCUUCUUGCGGGUUGUAGGUGCGUUGAAUUGGAUUGUUGGGAUGGCAAGAGUGAGGAUCAGGAGCCAAUAAUAACGCACGGAAUGGCUAUGUGUACGGAUAUUUUAUUCAAGGAUGUUAUAUUGGCAAUUCGGGAUACAGCCUUUGUCACAUCGGACUUCCCAGUGAUCCUGUCUUUUGAAAAUCACUGCAGCCGUUCGCAGCAGUACAAAUUAGCUAAAUACUGCGAUGAAAUAUUCGGUGAUUUACUCCUGAAAGAACCCAUACCGGAUUUUCCUCUUGAACCCGGUAUCCCCCUUCCACCGCCAUCGGCACUUCUGCGGAAGAUCCUGAUAAAGAAUAAACGCCUAAAGCCCGAAGUGGAGAAGAGGGAGUUGGAACUCUUCCUUGAGGGUCAAUUUGUAAUUGAUGAGAAUGAGGAGAAGGAAGAUGCGGGAACAGUGACGGAAAUCCCGAAGAAGGUUGAAGAAAUUGUCCCAAUACCGGCUGCUGCCUCGCAGGAUGGCACAGAUGCGGAAGUUGUUGCUGUUCAGUACACUGGUUCAACAACAAAUGUCCACCCGUGGUUGUCGUCGAUGAUUAACUAUGCGCAACCAAUUAAAUUCCAGAGCUUUGAGGCGUCUGAACAGAAGAACAUUCAUCACAAUAUGUCGUCCUUUGCUGAGACAACGGGUAUGAAUUACCUGAAGCAGCAGGCAAUUGAUUUUGUCAACUACAACAAGAGGCAGAUGUCACGAAUCUACCCGAAGGGAACACGUGCUGAUAGCUCAAACUACAUGCCGCAGGUUUUCUGGAAUGCCGGCUGCCAGAUGGUGUCGUUGAACUUCCAAACAUCCGACCUACCGAUGCAGCUCAAUCAGGGGAAGUUUGAGUACAACGGCAACUGCGGGUACCUCCUCAAGCCUGACUUUAUGCGGCGGGCAGAUAGAAAUUUUGAUCCUUUUGCUGAUGCUCCGGUGGAUGGGGUGAUUGCAGCUCAGUGCGCUGUUCAAGUGAUUGCUGGUCAAUUUUUGUCCGACAAGAAGGUCGGGACGUACGUUGAGGUGGACAUGUAUGGGCUCCCAUCGGACACUGUUCGAAAGGAAUUCCGUACAAGGAUGGUCCCGGCAAAUGGUUUGAAUCCCGUUUACAACGAAGAACCAUUCUUAUUUCGAAAAGUUGUCCUCCCUGAUCUGGCUGUCCUGCGUUUUGGGGUGUACGAUGAGAAUGGGAAGCUUCUUGGUCAACGAAUUCUUCCCCUUGAUGGCCUACAGGCGGGCUAUCGGCAUAUUUCCCUCCGUACAGAUGCCAAUUUCCCCAUGUCCCUCCCCAUGUUGUUUUGCAACAUUGACCUCAAAAUCUACGUCCCCGAUGGCUUUGAGGACUUCAUGGCGGCACUAAGUGACCCAAAGGGUUUCAGUCAGGCCUCCAAGGAGAGAUCGAGUAAUAUGAAGUCAUUGGGUAUUGAGGAAACAUCCGGUGGGGAUUCGAAGAAUGAGAAGAAGGAGGAGAAAAAGGAAGAGCCCCCACUUGUAUUUGAACCCAUUAACUUCCACAGUGUGAAGCAGGAUAAGGGAUUCCAGAAGAUCGCGCGGAAGCAACAGAAGGAAAUUGAAACGCUAAAGAAGAAGCAUUCCAAGGAUAGAUUAUGCAUGCAGAAAAUUCACAAUGCUGCCAUUGAGAAGUUAUGCAAAGGAAAGAGCAAAGACGAAAUAAAGAAUGAUCCAACGGUGCGAAAGCUAAUAGCUGAACACAUAACACAAUGGACACAGAUGGAUAGUACACACAAAAAGGAAGUUUGGGACAUGUUGAGGCAACAGCUGCAGGAUCAAAUUGAUAUUCUCCGCAAAAUAAUGGAGGGCAAUCAAUUGGCACAGAUGAAGCAACUCGAAGCAAAGCAUGAGCGCGAGGUGAAGGAAUUAAAUUCGCGACAAGCUAAAAUUUCCGUUGAAACAUCCAAAGAAGUUGCCAAUGAUAAGACGCUAAAGACAAAGGGAGAAAAAGAUCGUCGAUUGCGCGAGAAGAAGCAAAAUAACAUUAAGCGUUUCAUGGAUGAGAAGAAGAGUGCAACCAUAAAGCAGGGAAGGGAAAAGGAAAAGCUUAAAUUAACUCACGAUAAGCAACUUGAAGAACUCAAACAGGAUAUUCAAAAGUUAAUGGACCUAUACAAAUUUGAAGAAGAGGAAUAUAAGUUGACACCAAAAACAGAAAUAUUUGCAUAAGAGGAAAAGUUUAAAAGAAAUAUUAUUAUGAAAUUUUUGAGAAAUUCUGAAUGUUCCAAAGUUAAAAUUUAUUUGUUUAGGUAUUUUAAUCACAAUUAUUAUGUAUUGCGAAACAACUUGAAAAGAAAUAUACAAAAUUUACAAAAUCUCAAA